UUUCCACACUGCAUGUGAUGAGCUUAGUAAGACGACACACAGACAGUGUGGCUUGCCGCAGCGACUGCCUGUUUCACAAUGCCCUAGGUAGGGUAGAUGCACGACCGCCAGGCCCUGUUGACGGAAGAUACACCUCAUAGCACUGCACUUACCAUUACAGCACAAUAACCACGUCGAGUGAUGCUUACAAAGCACGGAACAGAUGACCAACCGUGAUUCGACUUGGUCGGUGUUAAGCUGAGCAUCGCACUGAUACAAUAACGGUCCAUACCCGUCCUGUCUCAAGGUCACCAUUGGGAACCGUUACACUCGUGUUCAUCAAACAGCGGACUUCGUACCCAAUGUCGAGCUAAUUCACGCUAGAUCGUCAUAAUGGUUCACGUUGUUGGUCUUUUGGGUGCCAAUGGCCUGGUUGGCGGAGCCACGGCGAAGCUCUUGCUCCAGUCGGCUGCCGCUGGCAAGAUCGAGCUGGUCCUGCUCUAUCGAAGCAGCAACCCACCCAAGGGGGUUGAAGGACACUCCCAUGUCGAACUGCGGGAGAUAGACAUCGAAGGCCCAAUGACAGAUAUCGAGAAGGCCGUCAGGGGCAUCAAUGUUUUUAUCUCGGCAGUGGGUUUCGGUGCGUUGCCACACGAGCCCAACCUCGUCGAGGCACUUUCCAAGUCGCCGGACCUUGUGACUUACGUGCCUUCGGUCUACGCCACGACACGGUCGAAAGCAAACGAAGCGGAUCCGGCACUCGGCCCCUUCCUCAAGUUCGUGCAUGCCGGGUGGGACCGUGCCAUUGAGAAAGACAUUGGGAUUACCGCCGUCUACACCGGAGUCUUCGACGUCUACUUCUUCUCUUACGGCUUCGUGGGCUGCGUGCUGGGGCAGAACGUGGUGUGGGCCAACGAAAAGCAGAUGCGCAAUCGUGUCGCCAUCACCACGAUUGACCAUCUCGCGUGGUAUUUGAACGAACUGGCUACCUCCGACCCUCAGACUAUCAAGAACACGGAACACUCUGUAGUCACUUUCUGGCCGACAGGUCAGGAAGUCGCGGACUUGUACACGCACAUCAACGGCAAGCCGGCGGAGAUCAAGGAUUUCACGGAAAAGGACAGAGAAGACUUCCGCGCUGACGUGGCCAAGUUCGGAGCCGCCAAGGUUUGGUACUGGGAUCAUUGGGCAGCCAACUCGUGGGAGUACGAAGUCCAAGGCAGGCACUACGACCGGAGUUAUAGCGGUCCGGGCAUCGAGGAAGUUGCGAGGCGGUUUGCGAAGAGCGGCUGAGCUAGCAAUGGAGUGGUCUGAGUCAGUGCCUGCGGUGGGAGGCGAGCGAAAAGCAUAUCGUACUCCGUGCGCCAGAAGCUUAGGAUUGUCAACCCCCUCAGCUACAAUCAUCGCCACAGGGACCUCUUCUGUCGCCCCUACCCCAACCUUGGUGACCAGCAACGGCUGUUUGUACAUGCCAACUUACGCAGCAUGCAGCUCCAUGUCGGACACUGCUACUUGACUGCAACUUUUCUAAGCUUCAUUCGGCGUGUUUCUGCUCUGAGAGCGGAAAAUCGAUUACACCAGGUAUUUAGACAGUGUACAAGCGCUGCACAUGUAUCGACAUCGCUCAGGUGAAGUAGCGUAGUACUCUGUCACCACACCGUCAAAAUGAUACUCCAUCCACAACUCCCAAUGGG